AUGGAAUAUUGGGUUUUCAUUUGCGUGCUCGUCGGCGAUGGCGGCACCGGAAAGACCAUCUUCGUCAAGCCUCACAUGACCGACCAGUACGAAAAGUACGUGUCCACACUUGAAGUCGAGGUGAUCGCGCUGAUUUUGCUCACCAAUCGAGGCUCCAUCCGCAUCAACGUGUGGGACACCGCCAGCCAGGAGAAAUUCGGAUGCCUACGCGACUACAUCCAGGGGCAGUGUGCCGUCAAUAUGUUCGACGUUACCUCGCUUCGCGAAAAGUACGUGGCCACACUUGAAGUCGAGGUGAACGCGGUGAUUUUGCUCACCAAUCGAGGCUUCAUUCUCAUCAACGUGUGGGACACCGUCAACUAG